UUGGACUUUAUAUUAUACAAUUCGACAUCACAUUACAACAUGGACGCGCCAGCCGCCUGUGAGAUCGACCGUCUGUCCGAGGACCUCAUGGUGGACGUGAUCUCACGCACGUCGCCGGCGGACGCCUUUCGCGCCGCCGCCGUGUCCCGGGCCUUCCAUGCUGCCGCCGACUCGGACAGCGUCUGGUCCCGUCUCCUCCCGCAGUUCGCCAGGAGAGAGCUCCCCCGCAAGCCGCCGUCGACCAAGAAGGGGAUGUUUCGGCGCCUCUCCACAGAGCCAGCCCUCCUCCCGGGCAAGUACGUGCGCAUGCAGCUGGACAAGGCCAUCGGCGUCAAGUGCUUCACGUUUUCGGCCAGCGCGCUACAGAAGUACAGAUCACGUCCUUGAUACGUAUAGGUUCAGUCCCGGACCACAGCAAAAGAGGCAAAAGGUUC